AUGCAUAACACCAGCCUGUCCGGGUUCGAGGAGAAUAGGCAACGCUCUUUCCCAAGCCUCAUCCGAAAGACUCGUUGUCCUCAGGAAGGACGAGCCGCCAAAGAGAUACACUCCAUGUUUCUGCUCGGUUUCGAACCGAGGACCUUUCGCGUGUUAGGCGAACGUGAUGACCACUACACUACAGAAACGACAUGCGAAGGAAGUAUCAGUGCUGGUCGGCCGCUCUUCUUGACCACUAGACCCCGCAUAGGAGGUAUGCAUAACACCAGCCUGUCCGGGUUCGAGGAGAAUAGGCAACGCUCUUUCCCAAGCCUCAUCCGAAUGACUCGUUGUCCUCAGGAAGGACGAGCCGCCAAAGAGGCGAACGUGAUGACCACUACACUACAGAAACGACAUGCGAAGGAAGAAUCAGUGCUGGUCGGCCGCUCUUCUUGA